GCGAGCAGUAACCAGGAAGUGGCUAGCAAGCUUAGCCAAGUACGGAUAAUGAUCGGCUGAGACUCUGGUGUUUGGACAGCUUCUGUAGGGUAGGAUGGGCAGACAGAGGAAGAGGGUGGUGACGGGUGAAGCUGCUCCACCUCCGCGGAAAGAUGAGAAGCCCUCUGCAUUUCACCGCAAGGACAAGAAAAAGAAAGUCAAUAUUGGGAAAAUGUUCAUUAACAUCUCAAUUGGUCUCUGCAUAUUCAGCCUCAUCUGGUUCUUUUAUGCCAUCUACAUGAGAUCCAGCCUGGCUAAAAGGGUGGUGACUCUGCAUCCGUCUCCUCACAUCCUAGAUGCCAAUAGCACCGAUGCCAAGGUUUCCCCAGAGAGGUUCUGGGGGUCAUACAGGCCUCAGGUCUACUUUGGCAUGAAAACAAGGAGUCCCAGGUCUAUUGUGACAGGCAUGAUGUGGAUGCGUCAGUUUUCUGACUUGGACAUGAAUCUCAGGCACACUUGUGAGCAGGGCGAUCGCCUUCAAGGCUACGGCUGGCUCAUGCACGAUGGCCUCACCUUUGGCGUCCAAGAAAUCCGAGACAACGAUUUCACGCUGACCACCGAGUUUGUUAAGAGGAUGGGAGGGGGUCAUGGAGGAGACUGGACGUGGAGGGUCACAGCCAAACAGCAUAGCUCUGCCCCCCAGGCACCAGUCAUCUCUCUGAUGUUUUACGCAGCAGCAGACGCGCAGGGCUCACUGCAGGCUCACGUAGAGGAGAGGAAUCGCCUCGCUUCCAUCGCCGGUUUCUCAGAGGAGCUCGGAAACUUUAAGAUCACCUUCCGAAAGCCUGUCACUGGGGAGAUGUCCAGUGCUAAAUAUGCCACCUACAACUACCUUCAGACUGUGUCUCCUGGUCUGGAGAAGCUGACUGACAUUGUGAAGUACAGUCUGAACCGCAGGUUUGUGUAUAGCCCUCCGUCUGGCGAGAAGAGGCAUUACAUCGGUGUAGACACCUACAAACCCCCCCACCACCAAAACCAGCAGAAACCUGACCAGAGGAAGGAAAGCGACUUUGUGGUUUACCAGGUGACUGUUCAGACACCUUUCCAGAUUGAGGUUCUGUUUGAAUCUGGAAGCUUUCACAAUCGCCCCAACCAGCUGGUGGGCUCCAUCAUGACUCAGGAGCUGGAGAAGAGGAAAGCGGAGUUUGAUGCAAAGUUUGAGAAAACUUUUGGCCUUGAGAAGAAAGGUUUUAGCCAGGCAUAUAUUAAAUUCGGCAAGGCAGCACUCAGCAACAUGCUGGGCGGAAUGGGCUACUUCUUUGGGCAGUCGGUAGUACAGUCGGUCUACAAUGAAUACCCUCUCCUUUAUCCUGAAGGUGCUUUAUUCACCGCUGUUCCAUCACGCUCAUUCUUUCCCAGAGGAUUCCUUUGGGAUGAGGGCUUUCACCAGCUGCUGUUGAGUAAGUGGGAUCCCCAGGUGACGAGGGAGGUCAUUACUCAUUGGAUAGACCUGAUGAAUAUGGAGGGCUGGAUCCCCCGUGAGCAGAUUCUUGGAGAUGAGGCUCGCAGCAAAGUCCCAGCUGAAUUUAUUGUUCAACGAAACGAGAACGCCAACCCCCCUACGCUUUUCUUAGCGCUUCAGGAGCUUAUUGAACAACUCUCAUCCAAUCCAGACAAGGCAGCAUCUCAGCCAACCUUGCAUUUCCUCCGACGGCUCUUCCCCAGGCUCAAAACCUGGUAUGAAUGGUACAACACCACACAGACGGGGCCCCUACCCAAUUCUUACCGCUGGCGUGGACGCGACAAGGACACCAAUCUGUUUCUCAAUCCCAAGACCUUGACCUCUGGGCUGGAUGACUACCCACGGGCCUCACACCCCUCAGCAGAUGAGCGUCACGUUGACUUGCACUGCUGGAUGGCAUUGUCCUCAGGCACCAUGGCUAAAGUAGCUCAGCUUCUGGGCGAGCCCCACGAGGACUACCAGCUCUCACACAAAGUGCUCAGUGACAACAACCUGCUCAGUGAGCUCCACUGGUCAGAACAACACCGUGCUUUCAGUGACUUUGGCAACCACACAGAGGAUGUAUCCUUGCAGAGGGAGAAGGUGUACGUACCUCCAGGGCAGCCUCGUCAUCAGUUCCCCGUAGCUCGUCUCGUUCGCUCUGUCCGCAGAGCCCCCAAAGCGCAGUAUGUUAAUGCUUUGGGUUAUGUUAGCUUGUUCCCCUUCUUACUGCAGAUUCUCCAGCCCGACUCACCCAAGCUGGAGCACAUUUUCCAGGAUAUGAGAGACUCCAAUAAGCUGUGGACACCCUACGGUCUGCGAUCGCUCUCCAAGUCCGAUCCACUGUACAUGAAGCGAAAUACAGAACACGAUGCCCCCUACUGGAGAGGACCCAUCUGGAUUAACAUCAACUACUUGGCAGUCAGGGCGCUCCACUACUACAGCCACACAGAAGGGCCAUACCAAGAGAAGGCAGCUGUUCUUUAUGAGGAACUCAGGACUAACAUUAUUAAUAAUGUUUAUAGACAGUAUGUUGAAGCAGGGUAUAUUUGGGAGCAGUACAAUGACAGCACCGGCAGGGGGCAGGGAAGCCACCCCUUCACCGGCUGGUCAUCUCUGACCCUAUUAAUGAUGGCUGAACAGUAUUGAUGCUGUUGAUUUUUAUCUCAUAUCUUUUAAGAUACUGGCCUUCAUUUAUCUGGAUGUGACUGAAACAGCAUUGUGCAGUAAAGAGUAGCGACACAGUCUGGUUCACUAUGCCAACGAGAUCCAAAAUUAGAAACUGGCAUCUGCGGUCACACUGUCUUGUUUAACCUUUGAUCAGAAUUAAGUGUUUUCACACAAGUAUUUUUUGAAGGGCAGUUUUAAACAAGCCUAAGUGCAGCUACACUGUCUUUGCCAAGUAUUUGGAGCCAAGCUCCCUCUAGUGCUUCAGAUGCAUUUAACUUAAUUGUCUACACCUUCACUAGUCCAGCCUUUAGUACGGAAAAAGAAAACGGACAUCCAUGUUUGUUUUUUUCCUUAGGGAGGAUUCAUAUUUUAACAGCAGUUGGGAUGACAAUUUUUAAACGGACAGCUGUUCGUUAAAAAAAAAAGUUUUCUGGAAAAGUUCUACGAGUCGUGCUUUCACUUGACAAAUAAGGGCCAUUAUCUGUAACUGUGCCAUUUUCUCUUUAAUCUAUCAUGUCUUUGAUUCUCUGUCUUAAUGAUUGAUUAUUUUGACGUUUAAUUGUUUAAUCAGUCUUUUGGGGGAAAAAAACGUUACAUUCAGUCUUUUUCAGCAUUUUUUUGUUGCCUGUGGUUUGACUGGCAGGGAAUACAGCAGAGACUGUGACAAAAAAUAA